AUGGAUGAGUUACCUCAAGUCCAACAGAACAUUGAGGAGCUCACAAAGACUUGUCUAUUUGGAAAAAUUCUGGGAGACCCAUUAGAUAUGCGAACCAUUAUAUCAAAAUCCAAAGCUGAUUGGAAAAUGGUGAGAGGGGACGUUGAAUACCAUGAAAUUGGUAAUCAAUGGCUCCUGUUACGUUUUGCAAACUCAUCAGACAGGGGGUUGGUUUGGGAGGAGCGCCCCUGGCAUAUGCAAGGGGAACUCCUUGUACUCCAACCAUGGAGGCCCUUUUUUGAUCCUUUCUCUGAAGAAAUCCAGAAUGCUGACCUUUGGAUUAGAAUUCCUCAUUUCCCUGCUGAGCUACUAAAUGCCCAAUCAGUAGCGAAUCUUGUCGAAAGAAACAAUGUUGGUAAGUUCAUUCGUUUAGACCAACGGUCUAUCUUGCGAAACGAAUUUUGUUUCGCAAGAGCUUGUAUCUCAGUCAACAUUUUAGAACCCCUAAAAACUUAUGCUGAAAUAGUGAGAAAAGGUGGAAAAACUUUUGGCUAUUUAAUUUGGUUUGAGGACUUCUCUGAAGGCUGUGCUUUUUGUGGUGAGUCUUCUCACAUAAUUGAUGUUUGUCCAUUACUUCACUCACCUCCCAUGGAAGUGAAGAUAGUUCUUGAAAAAGCUCGCCCUGUUGCUAACAUGGCAGGUGAGAGGCCCACCCCAUGUGCUAGGUAA